GUGAGAAGUGAAAAAGUGACACAUGUCAGCCAAGUUCACUUUAAAUUACAAAGUGCGAAAGUCUCGAAAAAAUACUAUCCACACAUCUCGCAUGUGCUAUUUUGAAAAAGUAGCGAUCGCCAAGCAUCAAUCCGCCCUGGCCGUUUGUGCGUAAAUGAACAUCGAUUAGCAAUUAGUUGGUUAGUUUGGUGGGAGCAGCAACGUGAACGCAGGCCGAGAAGGUAUUUUCAUCGCAUCGCGUCGCCGAAAUGUCCAACAUCGCCGCACAACGAAUCAAACGCGAAUUCAAAGAGGUUAUCAAAAGCGAAGAGGUUGCCAGAUGCGCCAUACGAGUGGAAUUGAUCAACGACAACUACACGGAGCUGAAGGGCGAGAUCGACGGUCCGCCCGACACCCCCUACGAAGGCGGCAAGUUUGUGCUGGAAAUUAAAGUACCUGAAACAUAUCCAUUUAACCCACCAAAAGUUAGAUUUAUGACCAAAAUAUGGCAUCCAAACAUUUCUUCAGUUACUGGUGCAAUUUGUUUAGACAUUUUGAAAGACCAAUGGGCGGCAGCAAUGACAUUAAGAACAGUCCUUUUAUCGCUUCAAGCGCUGCUGGCAGCGGCGGAGCCGGAUGAUCCCCAGGACGCGGUGGUGGCUAAACAAUUCAAAGAGAACAGCGAAAUGUUCCUGAUGACCGCCCGCCAUUGGACAAACGUGUACGCCGGAGGCCCUAACGUCAAUCCCGACUGCGACGACAAAAUUAGACGGUUGCAAGAUAUGGGAGUGGACGACCACCAGGCGCGCGUAGCGCUUUCCUCUUACAAUUGGGAUCUGGAGCGUGCCACUGAGCAGUUGUUUAGUUAGUAGCCCAACAUCUCGGUCCUCUCCGUGAGAAUCCCCUCAACCCAUCAUCACACUAACAGACAGAUGCAUACACGAAACCAUGACCAUUUUAGCGAAAAAUAAAUACUGAACAUGCGAUUGUUUUACACAUGGGCGUUGAGUUUCGGCGCACAGUUUUCCACUUCUCCGCAUUGGAUUCAAGUUUUUUUUAAUAAUGUUGCCUUUAUUUUUGUACAUGUUGUUCGAAAUACAAUAAGCCAAUUGAAAAAAAGGCGCGCAUCUUAGACAUGGUCUUCUUUAUAUCUCUGUUUAUAAAAGACAAAAAUAUACUCGUCGCGCAGCAGGCAGCUUGUAUUAAAAAUUGUAAAUAUAGUGUAAUUACAGACAGGAGAGAAGUAGCGACCACCUUAAUUUUCGCAAACAUUUGCAUUACAAUAAUGCGUAAGUAGUGCCGUAGGUAGAACCAUUUUUUCUUUGUUGAACCAACCGAACGAUAAUAAGAAAGCAAUGUUAUCAAUGUUUUAAAAUCUAAUGUUGAAUAGAUUGAUCAAUUCACGGAAUUUUGAGCUUCGAA